GAUCUAUUCCACGAUGUACACUUAUACUUCUUACCAUUCAUCAUUUGCUCGAUUAUACUCGGCGUUUGGGGACUGAAUAUUACUGUGCGUGUGGUAAAUAAUCUGCAUUCGGAUUAUAGCACUAUGAAAAAAAUGUUUUGCCUACAAUUAGUUUUGUUGCUUUGCAAAAUGCAGUACUUAAUUUUAGAUCAACAAUUGGAUCGAAUAUUGCUUGGGGCCUUGUAUCCAAUGAAUCACGUUAUAUACAAGCAAACCAUCAUCAACACUUUGAUCUUAGUGGAGAUGGUUUUGGUGUCGCUAUUCGCGCAAAACGCGUACAGAAUUCCAAUUCAAAUCGAAGAUAAUUAA